GAUUUAUAAAAAGCGCUCCUUAGUUUACUCGCGCUUCAGUUAGCUUGCUUCCUCCAGCUCCAUCAGUCUUCAUGUCCACUAUGCGGGAGGCAUUUGUUUCAAUACUGCUGCUAGUCGCCGCCGCGAACUGCUCAGACCUCGGGAAAGACGUCAAUUACUAUAAAGAUUAUCUGCGUGCUCGCUCCGACGAGUUGCCCGAAGGCCCUGCGAUGGCGGAUCGGCUUUAUUUCUAUCGGACACCGUUGCAGCUGUACCCGGGAUUAUUGCCGGUAUUGGAACAGGAGUAUAGGAAGAGGACAGGAAAUGUAUUCAAAAAUCAUAUGCUAAAUAAGGACUCGUUGCUGGAAGGGCUGAUACCUCAGAAGCGAAGCUCGAAAACUGCCCUGUCGGCGAUGCUACAGGGGAAACAUGCUUUGCCCACGGAUGAAGGGCAUUAUUGCCCAUACGGCAAAUAGAGAGGAGGUGGUGAUAGAAUAGAGUAUGAUCAGGGUGAGGACCACGAUCAGGACAACACGGAUUUUAUAGUAGGAUAAGACAUAGUUAUAUAAUGACCUACCAAGUAUUACAUGUUGUGUU